ACAGUACUUGUUAAUUCAGUCUCAAAGUGUGCCAUUUCCCCAAAGUUGGACGAGAGUCCUGUCCUGCUCAGCUCUCAAGUUGCAUCUCUGACAUAGAGGUCGGUAUACGCAGCAGCGCAUUCUGAGACACCGUGCAAGUUCUUCUUGGAGGUAGCGGAGCAGCGGUGGGCGGGAGACCGGAAGAAGCUGACCCGUUGGUCCUGCGCUGACCUUACGUGCAGGGCCUUAAGGAAAUGCUGUCCUUCUGGGAUGUGGCCAUUGAUUUUUCUCCAGAAGAGAGGGAAUGUCUGAACUCUGCUCAAUGGAAUUUGUACAGGGAUGUGAUGUUGGAGAAUUACAGCCACCUUGAUUUCCUGGGUCUUUCUGUCUCUAAGCCACAGCUGGUGACAUUUCUGGAGCAAAGACAAGGGCCUACUGCUGUGAUGAGACCACUGCCAGCAGCAACCCCUGUGCACCCAGGAAAAACACUCAAUAAAUGGAAAGAUUACAGCAAGGCCUUUUACUGUAAUUCACUGCUUAUUCAGUGCCAGAGAAUCCAUCCGGGGGAGAACCCCUACAAGUGUGAAAAAUGUGGGAAGGCAUUUCGUAUUCGCUCAAGACUUUCUCUACACCAGAGAGUUCAUACUGGAGACAAACCCUACAAGUGUGAAGAAUGUGGUAAGGCCUUUAAUACUCAUUCAAAGCUUGCUGAACACCAGAGAAUACAUACUGGAGAAAAACCGUACAAGUGUGAACAAUGUGGUAAGGCCUUUAGUACUCGCUCAACCCAUUAUAGACACCAGAGAAAUCACACUGGAGAAAAACCAUACAAGUGUGAAGAAUGUGCCAAAGUAUUUUCCUACCCUUCAUUGCUUAAGGUACAUCAAAGAGUUCAUUCUGCAGAGAGACCCUACAAAUGUGAGAAAUGCGGGAAGUUAUUUUACUGUCCUUUAUUGCUUAAGAAGCACCAAAUAGUUCAUUCUACAGAGAAACCCUACAAGUGUGCAGACUGUGGCAAAGCAUUUCACUAUCCUUCAUUGCUUAAGCGACAUCAAAGAAUCCAUGCUGGAAGGAAACCCUAUAAGUGCAAAGACUGUGACAAGGCAUUUUACUCUUCUGCAUUCCUUAAGCGCCAUCAAAGAAUUCAUUCUGAAGAGAAUUCCUACAAGUGUGGAGAAUGUGGCAAAAGGUUUUAUUCUUUUCCACACCUUCAGGAUCACCAAAGAUUUCAUUCUGGAGAGAAACCAUACAAAUGUGAACAGUGUGGGAAAAGAUUUUCCACCCUCUCAUACCUUCCUUGGCACAAAUUGCGCCAUUCCGGGGAGAAAUCUUACAAAUGUGAAAUAUGUGGCAAAAUGUUUUACUCCACUUUAGACCUUAAAAAACACCAAAAAAUCCAUGCUUAUAAGUGUGGGGAAUGCCACUAUGCCUUUCCUAAUUACUCAGCCCUAACUGCACACCAGAGAAUUCAUACUGGAGAGAAACCCCACAUAUGCGAACAGUGUGGAAAAGCCUUUUCUAGGCUUGAUAGCUUCAAUCAGCACCACAUUGUUCAUACUGGAGAGAAACCCUAUAAAUGUGAUGAGUGUGGCAAACGUUUUUUCCGAUCUUCAUCCCUUAAGAGACAUCAAGGAAUUCAUUCUUAAUAUAAACCUGACAAGUGUGUGCAAUGUGAUAACUCUUGCUAAAUAUUCAGACCUUACCCAAGUCAAAGGAAACCAUGGAAGUUGAGAAGCCAUGCACACGUGAAGGAUGGUGAGUGCUUUAGCAUGCAAUCAUCGCUUUCCACCAUUGGGAAAGCUCAGUCUGCAGAGAAACUGUCCAAAGGUGAAGGGAAUCACAGGCUUCUAGUGCUUCUUCAUAUCUUAAGUAACAGUGAUCUUCAUCCUGAACAUCAGUGCUACCAUGUGAAGGAUGUGGUGAAG